GUACGGUUCAUUUUCUUUUUUACCUCCUCCUGUUGUAGAGGAUCAUGGUAAAUUUUGUCACGUGAGUGCCACGUGAUCACCCCACCUGGUUUGUAUUUUUAUCAUGUGAGUGAAGAAUGUGGGGUCCAGAAAAUUUGCAGGGAUGAAAACUACUUUUAUGGACUGUGGUUUUAUCCAUUGGUUGAUGUGUGGUGUGGAUUUUCAAAACUCGUUGGACGGUUAUGAAUCAUGACUGCAUCAUGAUAAAUUAUGUCUCUUCUAUAUAGUGAUUGCUAGGAUUUCUUUCUAGUGUUGGAUAGCUGACGUGGCCCUAGCUAGUCCCCGGUUCACUGACUCACUCAGUGAACCGGGGGCUAUGGUUGUUUCUGUAUUGGAUGAAACAAAUCAACAAUCAUAUUUAUUUGGUCCCAAAUGGUUGUUACCUAAUAGAUGGAGUGGUUUUCCUUGUCAACUUUAUUGUGUUAGGUGGAUUGGAAGUGCUGCAUUUGGAUUAGUAGUUCACAUAUUAAACGUUUUGCAUUGGGGUAGAUUUGUAUGCCGACAAAUUGUGUUGCAUCUAUGUAAGAUUUUCAUUUAGCUGAUGUGAGAUAAGUGAGGAUAAAGCUUUAUUGGCUCUAUACACUCACCUUCUCGUUUUAUUCAAUGUGAUGUCGACACUUGAUCGCUUCUUGGAAGCCAAGUUGAUCAGUAUAUGCCAAUGGUGAAUUCUCCUACAUUUUUAUUAUCUAUGUGAUGGAUUCGGUGAAACGCUCUGCGGUCACACCGAGUAAGAGUAGAUUGGCGCGCGCUAUUGCCAAGGCUAUGCACAUCCAUGCAUUCACUGGUAUAGCUCCAGACGAUGAUGGUAUUCGAAAGACGAAGUCUCGUGACAAAACAGAGAAAGAUCAUUUUAAGCACUUCGAGGUUUCCACUUUCAAGGACGAAGACGAGGAGGAGCUCCUGCAGCAGGAUGACAGGAUAGUCAAAGAAGCCUUUCUCUCGAAACUGUUUGCUGCAGUAUCUGCUGUUAAAGCCGCAUAUGCCGAGAUGCAGUUUGCUCAAUCUCCUCACGACGCUGAUGGAAUUCAAGCGGCUGACAAGAUAGUCAUAUCCGAGCUCAAGUAUCUGUCUGAGUUGAAGCGAUCUUACUUGAAGAAACAGCUGGAUGAGGCGUCCCCAGCCACCAUGUUGGUUUUAUCCGAAAUUAAAGAGCAGAAGAGCACUCUGAAAAUCUACGAGGUCACGGCUAAGAAGCUCGACUCUCUGCUCAAACUCAAAGACUCAGAGACUUUCUCUCUCAAAGGGAAACUAUCAGAAGCCAAUAAGGCUAACAAGUUGCUCGAGAGGAGACUGAGCUCGAGCGGGCAGUUUGUCAUCCCCGACAACAUUCAGCUGUCCGACUUGAGGGCCGGAAACUUCCUGUCCUACUACCGGCAGACGCUGAAAUAUAUUCGAAGCUUCGUGCAGGUGUUGAUCACAGAGAUGAGAUGUGCUGACUGGGAUUUGGAUGCAGCAGGCAACUCGAUUGAACCGGGCACUUGUUUCAGGAAACCAAGCCAUAAGUGCUUUGCAUUUGAGUCCUUUGUGUGCAAACAAAUGUUCGAUGGCUUCAACUGCCCAGAUUUCUCCCCCCAAAAGCCCAUGCCGGAGAGGGACAAGAGGCGCAGCCUAUUCUUCAACAGAUUCGUCGAGCUGAAAUCUGCAAAGCCGGCAGAUUACCUAGCAUGGAAACCUAAGUCGGCAUUCGCAACUUUCUGCCGUACAAAAUACUUGAGGCUUGUGCACCCGAGGAUGGAAGCCUCUCUCUUCGGCAGUUUGGAUCAGAGGGAUUCGAUGGCCUCGGGUGGACUGCCGGAGACGCCUUUCUUCUUGGCAUUCAGUGAGAUGGCGAAGCGCGUCUGGCUCCUGCAUUGCUUGGCUCUAUCUUUCGAACCGGAGAUCAGCGUAUUCCAAGUGAAGAAGGGGAGCCGGUUCUCGGAGGUCUACAUGGAAAGCUUGAGCGAAGAUGGCCUGCUGCUGUCGGAGCCUCAGGUGGCUUUGAGCGUCGUACCGGGAUUUGUGAUCGGUAAGACUGUCGUUCAAUGUCAAGUUUAUCUGUGCUGAAGUAUUGGUGGCUUCAUUUUAGGCUAGUUUUUGUUGAAAAAUAUGUGCUUUUGUUAGAGCUUCCAAUUUUGUUAAUAGCUUGGUUAGUGGAGGAUGAUGCUAAGUGUAUAUUGUGGCUUUGGUUGUAUAAUAGGUAAAUUUAUUGAUUUAGACGUUAUUUGCUUGCCUCAA